GAUGGCGCCAUGCUGGUAAUUGACGGAUCGAAUUGGGAGAUGCAAGGUCACCAGAGAAGGUCGCUAAGUCUGGAACAGGAUAUGGCCCGUGAUACUUCUGUCAAGAGUGGUAAUGUGGCUGUUCAACCGCGUGGCAGAGAAGUCGAAAGGAAACAGGACGGGAAGGCCCCAAGUCGCGUGGCCCCCGCGACUCGGCGACUUGAGGCGUUCUUUCGCUUGAGAUUUGCCCAGCCAAUUUGGCAGCCGCGACUACGACCUACAAACCUCCCCGAAAUUGUUCUCAGACACUGCAUUUUACCAAUACUUCUUGGGCACAACAGGGUACUUCCUUCUCGCCACAGUGUGGCAAUUCAGAUUAGGUGUCUGGCACUUGCCGUGCUGCAUGUCCAAAAAGAUCGUCGACAAUCCUGCAAGUAUGGUAUUCGGGUGCUUCUCCGCGCGCGUCGUCGUGGCCGUUUUCUGCCUCGGCAGCUAAGGGGAACGUCUUUUUCCCAUCUACCAACCAGCGCGGUUCCGGCGGGAGCUCCUUCCUUUGUCGUCUUCGGAACGUUCUGA